CAUCACUAAAACCGAAUUGCUAGAAAUUGCUACGAAACAACAAAGUAUAAAAACGCAUUAGCGGGAAACAGGCACAGUUAUUUGGAUAACACACAAAGGAAACAAGUAGAACAGCCCAAAAUUCAAGCUAAAUAGAUAAUCAGCCGAGGAGAAUCAGUUGAAGUGCAACCGAAUUUCAUCACAACACCAGAAUGUUGCUGCGUCUGGCACUUUCCGCCGCCCGUCCCGCCGGGAGCCUCAAAAUCCUGGCCCAAUCUCCGGCCCAGCUGCUCCGGCCCAAUCCCAAUCUCUCCGUGGUGCGCACCUACGCGCGCGGCCCAGUUCGCACCCGUGCUCCCGUGGAGCAGCAGCAGCUGAGGACUCCUUCGCUCAAGGAGAAGCUGAUGGGACCACCGAGUGCCAAUGCCUACUCCAUGGGCAAGGGCGCUGCCGCCGGAGCAGCCGCCGUGGGACUGGGCGCCCUCUGCUACUACGGCGUGGGAUUGGGCAAACACACCAGCAUCGCCGACAAUGCCAUCAUGUGGCCGCAGUAUGUGAGGGAUCGCAUCCAGAGCACCUAUGCCUUUUUCGGCGGCUCCUGCGUCCUGACCGCAGCCGCUGCUGCGGCCGUCUUCCGUUCGCACCGCCUGCUGGAGCUGGCCUCUCGUGGCGGCAUUGUGGCGACCAUUGCUUCGCUGGCGCUGGUCAUCGGCAGCGGGGCGGUGGCCCGCUCCAUUGAGUACCAGCCGGGCCUGGGGGCCAAACACCUCGCGUGGGCGGUGCACUGCGCCAUCCUGGGCGCCGUUAUCGCACCCCUCUGCUUCGUGGGCGGACCAAUUCUCACGCGCGCCGCCCUCUACACGGGUGGCAUUGUCGGUGGCCUGUCCACGAUCGCCGCGUGUGCCCCCAGCGAUAAGUUCCUGUUCAUGGGCGGUCCACUGGCCAUCGGCCUGGGCGUCGUCUUUGCCUCCUCGCUGGCCUCCAUGUGGCUGCCGCCCACCACGGCGUUGGGCGCCGGUCUGGCCUCCAUGUCCUUGUACGGUGGUCUCGUCCUGUUCAGCGGAUUCCUGCUCUACGACACCCAGCGGAUGGUGCGACGUGCUGAAGUUCAUCCCCAGUAUAGCUACACUCCCUUCGAUCCCAUCAACGCCUCAAUGUCGAUAUAUAUGGACGUGCUGAACAUAUUCAUCCGCAUCGUCACUAUUCUGAGUGGUGGUCAGCGCAGGAAGUGAGCACUGAACGAUAACAUGUGAUGCAAGCAUAUAUUGUAUAUUUAUACUGUUGUUAAAAUAAACCGACCGAGUUGAUAAGCAGCAUGUAAAA